AUGGCAAAUUUAAGCAUAAGCAAAGAAAAGACAAUCAGACUAAUCUUGCAAUAUCUCGAAACUAAUGAUUUCUACAGGUCUGUAAUAGAGGUAGAAAAAGACACAAAAAUAAGGCUGAGAAAAUACGGAAAAGAAAUCGACUUUUUUUAUGAUCUCAUCACAGAUGGCCGCUUUGAUGAUGCAGAAAUUUUUAUUACCCCUCUGCAAGAGCGAAGCAUCAAAGACUACGAAAAAGUUUUAUUUUCAAUUAAAAAAAGCAAGUUUUUAGAGACACUUGAGACUUCUAUAGAUCCAAAGCUUGAUGAUCUGACAAAAUUAAUUAAGGAUAUUGAAACCAUUUCAAGUAAAGAAGAUUUUGAUCAUUUAUGCCAAAUACUAAGCAUGAAUAAGUUAGCAGACCACCCAGAUUAUGCUGAUUGGGAUAUUUGAAAAGGGAGGCUAAAUUGUUUUAAUGAAUGCUUAUUAAAUUUAUCUGAAAUUUAUCCAAUUUUGCUAGACGAGCUACCUAAAACUACACUCAUAGAGCUGCUUGGGAAUUUAGAAGACGAACAAGUCUCUGAGGAAUGUGCAAGUGUCAGAAUUUCUAAAGAAAGUGAAAGCCAAGAGACAGCAAGCUAUAAAACGUCACAGAAUAUUUUAGAAAAAAUGAGUGGGAAGCCAGAGCUCGCUCUUGCAAUUUCAAUCAAUAGCCCUGUAUCUCGAAAAAAAAGCAAAAAAGUUUCUUUUGUCGCUGUCGCAGACAAUGAUGAGAAUUCUGAAGAUGAAUCUAAAAAAUUUAUUAUUGAUGAACUUGACCCUGAUUCUCCAGGCGAUGAACAUUCACUUAGCGAGUACUCCCCAGAGCCUGCUAAAAACACUGCACAAGAUUUAAUGAACAAUUUUAGCCCAGCUUCAUUAAAAGAAGUAGCAAGAAUUGAAGACUCGAAACCAAUUCGAUGCUCAGUCUUUAAUGUGACAGGGGAUUAUUUUGCAUUGGGAACGAAUACAAACUCUAUAAGGGUUUGCUCAAUGCAUAAUAUUGUAGAUGGGCUUAUGUAUGAUGAACACCAAGGCAGAGAACAAUACAUAGAUGUCGUUUUCGAGCUAAGGCGGCCAUUUAUAGGCUCAGUGUAUUGUAUUGAUUGGUCUCGAUCAGAAUCACAAAUAGCUGCAGGCUAUAGUGAUAAAAAAAUAUAUAUUUAAUACAACAAAAUUAAAAAUAAGCAUCAAUUUUCUGUAUUAUUCUAUGAGAAUAUUAGGAUUAUCAUAAAAAUAUUUAUAUUUCUAUUCGUUUUACUAGGUAUAAGAAUUUUGCAUUGUCCAGACUUUUUAACUCUUCAGGAAACUCAAUCACAGACAGUUUUAUAUGAAGAAGGUAAAUUUUUGACUGGAGAUGGCGAAUUACCAGAAAUAAGAGAAACGCUAUUGCAGGGCCACCAAGAUAUAGUAAGGACUGUAUGCUUUAAUCCUACUGACGAUUCAAUUCUUUUAAGUGGAGGAAAUAAUGAAGGGGAUAUUAAAAUAUGGAACACAGAAACCUCACAAUGUAUUCAACGACUGCAAGGCCAUAAAGGCUCAAUUUUUCAAAUUGCGGCUGAAGGAAAAGGGUCGUAUUUUGUAUCUGUGGGUACAGACAGAACUUUAAAGCUAUGAGAUAUCAGAAGCAAUAAAUGCCAAAUGAGUAUUCUGGGAGAGUCAUAUGCAGAAAUGACUUCAGUUGCCCUUAUAAAUUCAACAGCACAGCUAAGGACUGAAACUAAAGAUAAAAUUGCUAAUAUAUGCUAUAUUUAGUUUAAAAUUAUAAUAAUGAUUUAUAUGAAAAAUAAAAGUUUUAUACAGUUUUCAAGACAAUAUUUUUAAAAAGGAGUACCAAUACAACUCCUCAAGCUCCAAAACAAAAUUUAGCAGCUGUUGGACAUGCAGAUGGGAUGGUUACACUUUGGGAUAUAAAUGCUGGGAAGCUGUUUAAUAAAUACAGCUACCACUUAGCUGAGUGCCGAGGGGUUGAUUUUUCAGCUGAUAGAAAAUGGCUUGUAUCAUGCUCUUUUGAUAGAAGCAUAAAAGUCCUUGACAUGGCAAAUGGAACAACUUAUCGGCUGGAGUAUCAUGAUGACAGAGUUGUAUCAGUCCGUUGGCAUCCUUAUUUGCCAAUUUUAGUUUCUACUUCUGCUGAUAAAACUGCAAGAAUAUUUUGUCCUUAA